AUGAGCAGUCACGACGGAAGGUCCGGCGACAGGUCACAUAUUUUUCAAAUACGCAUCGACAGCGUCGAUGAUGAGAGCAGCCCCAUAACGGAGGCCAGCUCACGAGAAGAUCUCAUCGGCAGUGCUGCCCGGGAGGGUGAGAGGACCUGCGAGCAGUCCGUCUUUCAAUUUCCCAGAUUCCUUUCGGUGCCAACGCUGCGAAGUCCGCGCCAAUCCCCAGAUCCCUCCACCCGCCGGAAGGUGAUGUCCAGUCCAGCCAAAAGUGAGCGCAUGAUACGCCGAAGUCAGACGAAACUGCGACCCAGAAGACUCAGUCAGGACAGUGGAAUUGUGGCGGGCAGAUUGAUAAGCUACGGGGAGAGUGCCCUGAUAGACUCCGAUCUACAUUCGCGCGUCAUCGAAGCGGAUCACAAGAAGGCAGAUAACAUAUACGGCUGUCAGGAAGUAAAUAAUGUUGCGGCGGUAAACAUUAAGCCCUCCACUCCGAUCCUGCCCAAAUCCAAGCUGAGUGCCAAUCGUGUACGGGCAGGUUCGGCUGCUUAUACGGAAAAGUGGCUCAACACCUCGGUGAUGCGGACCAGCAAUGGCAAUUCCCUGUACAGCAAGUCGAAUCCCAUUGCUGUGCCGCUGCCUACGCACCUGGAAUCGGAGUCGGCGGAACCGAGUCCCACGCAAGCCUUUGGCCCAAAGAUCAUGGGUAGCAAUGAAGAGGAUAUACCUGGCACAGCAAUGCGGCGAAAUUUGGGCCUGAAUUUGAGUCCUACACUGGGCUCGGGGGACAGAGUGAACCAGUCUUAUGAAGUAAUGGAGUCGUCGCACUCCAACGUCUUACCUGACCAGUUUGGCUACCGUCAACUAAUGCCCACGGAACGGAAAGCCUCGGAUUCGACGAGCAGUGUGAGUGGCAGCUACUAUGGCAGCCGGAAGGCCAGCAAGAGUAACAGCCUGGGCGGAGAGUCCGGGGAUGAGAGGAGGGUCAGCAAACAGGAUCGAGAGGGACUUGACCCGGAAUCGCUAAUGUUCCGAGAUGGUCGCCGGAAAGUGGACAUGGUGCUGGCCUGGGAGGAGGAGGACCUGGGCGUGAUGACCGAGGCGGAGGCCAAGCGCCGGGAUAAUCGGAGAAGCUUCAUGGAGAACCUUGUAAAGGAAGGGUUGGAAGUAGAGCUGGAGGACAAGUCGCAGUCAUUCAACGAGAAGACCUUCUUCUUGAAGAUCCAUCUUCCCUGGCGACUGGAGACGCGACUGGCGGAGGUCAUGAAUCUGAAGCUGCCUGUCAAACGAUUUAUCACCAUAUCCGUGAAGCCAUCUUGGGAUGAGGAAAAUGUUGUGCUCAGGAAUGUUCAGUAUUGGAGGGACGUGUGGCAGCGAUUGACCAAAAAGAUUCAAUUGGACCAAACUCUACUCGAGGGAGAGACUACCUUUAAGGCUGCAACUGCUAAUGGCAAUCCUGAGGAACAGUUCAUUGUGAAGGACCGCGCCACUGCGUUCACCAGCGCUCAGCGGUCACUGAUGGUGAUGCAGGUGCUCAUUCGGACGCCCUUCGAUGAGAGCGAUAGGAGUGGCAUUCGGCGUCUGCUGAACGAUGGCACCUACCUAGGCUGUUUCCCGCUGCACGAGGGCCGCUACGACCGACCUCAUUCCAGUGGGAUCUCUCUGGACCGCCGGAUACUUUACCAGACGUGGGCCCAUCCCUCGCAGUGGUACAAGAAGCAGCCGCUGUGCCUGGUACGCAAGUACUUUGGCGACAAGAUCGCGUUAUACUUCUGCUGGCUGGGAUUCUACACGGAGAUGCUUGUCUAUCCGGCCGUGGUGGGCACCCUCUGCUUCAUCUACGGCCUGGCCACUCUUGAGUCCGAAGACAACACGCCCAGCAAGGAGAUUUGCAAUGAGUAUGGCACCGGCAACAUCACCUUGUGUCCACUGUGCGACAAGGCCUGCAGCUAUCAGCAACUCUCGGAGUCGUGUCUCUUUUCACGACUAACCUAUCUGUUUGACAAUCCCUCGACGGUGUUCUUCGCUAUCUUCAUGUCCUUUUGGGCCACAACAUUCCUGGAGCUAUGGAAACGCAAGCAGUCGGUGUUGGUCUGGGAGUGGGAUCUGCAUAACGUGGACAUGGAUGAGGAGAAUCGUCCCGAGUUUGAGACAAAUGCCACUACGUUUCGCAUGAAUCCGGUCACGCGCGAAAAGGAGCCCUAUAUGUCUACUUGGAAUCGUGCCUUGCGAUUUGUCGUCACCGGCAGUGCAGUUCUCUUCAUGAUCUCUGUGGUUCUCUCCGCCGUGCUGGGGACUAUCCUGUAUCGCAUAACGCUGGUGUCGGUUAUCUAUGGAGGUGGAGGAUUCUUUGUAAAGGAGCAUGCCAAGCUUUUUACCAGUGUGACGGCUGCCUUGAUCAAUUUGGUAGUCAUCAUGAUACUAACGCGAAUCUACCACCGCAUGGCUAUUCGGCUGACCAAUUUGGAGAAUCCCCGCACUCACACGGAAUACGAGGAUUCCUACACCUUUAAGAUCUUCUUCUUUGAGUUCAUGAACUUCUACUCGUCACUCAUCUAUAUAGCCUUCUUUAAGGGCCGAUUCUUUGACUAUCCUGGUGAUGAUCAGGCCCGAAGGAGCGAGUUCUUUCGCUUGAAGAACGACAUAUGCGACCCGGCGGGCUGCUUGUCCGAACUCUGCAUCCAGUUGGCCAUCAUAAUGGUCGGCAAGCAGUGCUGGAACAACUUCAUGGAGUAUCUGUUUCCAAAGUUCUGGAACUGGUGGCGUCAGCGAAAACACAAACAGGCGACCAAGGAUGAAUCGCAUCUCCACAUGGCCUGGGAGCAAGAUUAUCACAUGCAGGACCCUGGACGUCUCGCCUUAUUCGAUGAAUACCUGGAAAUGAUUCUUCAAUAUGGCUUCGUAACUCUCUUUGUGGCGGCAUUUCCUCUUGCGCCGCUCUUCGCGCUCCUGAAUAAUGUGGCCGAAAUCCGGCUGGAUGCUUACAAGAUGGUCACGCAAGCCAGGCGGCCGCUGGCGGAGCGGGUAGAGGAUAUUGGGGCAUGGUACGGCAUACUGCGGAUCAUCACAUAUACAGCCGUCGUCUCGAAUGCCUUCGUGAUUGCCUACACCAGCGAUUUUAUACCCCGCAUGGUGUACAAGUUUGUGUACUCGGAGACGCAUACCCUGGCAGGGUACAUAGAGCACUCGCUGUCCAUCUUCAACACCUCGGAUUACAAGGAGGAAUGGGGUGCAACGGUCAGCGAGCGGGAUCCGGACACCUGCCAAUAUCGUGGUUACAGAAAUGGACCCAAGGAUUACGAACCCUACGGACUGAGUCCCCAUUAUUGGCACGUGUUUGCUGCUCGAUUGGCCUUCGUUGUGGUCUUUGAGCAUGUGGUGUUCGUAAUCACUGGAAUCAUGCAGUUCAUUAUUCCGGAUGUCCCAUCCGAGGUAAAGACCCAGAUGCAGCGUGAGCAACUAUUGGCUAAAGAAGCCAAGUACCAACACGGCAUUAAACGGGCGCAGGGCGACAGCCAGGAUAUAAUGAGCCUAUUUCGAGAUGCCAGCAAUCGAACUUCAAUUGCCGGAAGCCAGACGACUAAUGCCCGUGGUAGCUGGGCCCGACGCUUUAGUCGGCUGAGCGACGGCUUGGAUGCCCACGUAGAGGUCGCAGCACGGCCGCGGCGAUCAGUGGAAUCGACAGUUUGGGAAGUCUCCUGACACGAGGAGGAGGCCGAGAGCGAGGUUCAUGGU